UGGAAUUAGAGGCUGGCUGUGUAGACAGACCACCUUGAGGUUGCAUGCUGAGGGUUGAAGGCAGGGGGUUCUCCGACAGACCUACCAAACUACCGUCUGUCAAACCGGAGAAGCGGGCUCCAUGUCAAAAUGCCAACCUUUUCCGUGAUGUACAAAGGAGCUGUCAUCAUAAGCAGGACACUAAUGGGUCCAUAUGGAGUUGACCGAGCUGUUCAUUCCAUGGAGUUUACAGACUGUGAGAAUGGCCUGGGAAUUAAAGUGAUCGGGGGUGUAAAGGAGCUAACAGGAGAGGAGUUUGGUGUCUAUGUGAAACGAAUUUUACCAGGUGGCCUUGCUGCAAUUGAUGGAAACCUCAUGCCAGGAGACCAAAUCUUGGAGGUGAAUGGAGACAGUUUGGUUGGAGUCACAAGUGAAAGAGCUGUGGACAUCUUGCGAGCAGCCUCAGCAACCAAUCACAUGCGCCUUCUCAUAACCAGAGAUGAGGAAGCAAAGAGAGAGUUUUCUGAAUUGUUGGAGAAGUAUGGAUCGAAUGGUAGCACAGGAUCAACACGCAACUCUCCAAUCCAGCAAGGGGGCCGCUACCUGGAAAGUACAUCAUCUGGUUCUUCAUCUCGCUCCCAGAGUCCUUUGUUAUUGAGCCCAGCAGGCUCUCAGAACAUGUACAACAGUAGUGGGCCCAUGCUGCGAUCUCUAAGUCAUCCUGGUGAAGGUGUGAUUCAGCUAAUUUCAGUGGCCCGAUCAAGCAGUUUCGGCAUCACUAUUGGAGGAGGCUCCAACAGGCCUGAUGGGCCUGCAAUCUUUAUCCAGGAGGUGCUUUCUGGUGGAGACUGUCACCGGGAUGGACGUCUAAGACCAGGAGAUCAGCUCAUAGCCAUUAAUAAGGAGUCCUUGAUAGGUGUUACCCAUGAGGAGGCUAAAAGCAUGCUCAACAAAGUGAAAUUCAGCCAAGACACCUCAGUGGAAAUAGCCUUCAUCCCAGGGAAAGGACUUUUUCCCAGCAGCGCAUCUCUCCACAAUGGGGUCCACCGGGCUGCAGGCCACAACUCUGGGCGCCUAAAAGUCCAUAUCAGGUCACCUGAGAUCUGUGCUGAGGAGCCAACCACAGUGUCCUCACCGUCUCCUGACAUCUGCCCACCAGAUAUUCAUAUUUCAGGUUCAACCAGCCAGAGGUCCCCAACAGAGGCUAAACCUAAGAUAACUCUAGACCCCUACAUACGUCUCAAAUCAGAUAAGUUAGACUUGGCUUUGUCCUUCCUUGGGUUGGAUGUCACAGAAGAGAAGAGGAAGAUGCUAAAACAAAGUCUGAACACAGACCCACAAGGAACUGUGGCCUAUGGAGACUUUAUGGAUGCCACACGGAACAUCUUUCAGGAGGACCUUGAAGAGCUUGGUUUAGGGGCAGGUCCCUUCAUGUUUUCUUAUCAUGAAGCUGCAAGUUUGAUGGAUACAUCUGCCUUCCACUCUCCUACAUAUGAAUCUGAAUGCAGCUACAGCAGCGAGGAGAUGGAGCAGUUUCAGACAGAAGUAAAGCAGCUGCAAACCCAGAUGAAGCAGCUUAAGGUGAUGCUGAGGGACAUGGAACACAGCAAGAAAACCCUGGAGGAGGAGCUGCAGAAGACAUCAGAGAAAGCAUGUUUGACUAUUGAGGAGAACAAUCGCCUGAAGAGUCGCCUGCAGAGAGCUGAGGCUGAGGCUGGACAGCGCCAGACCAGCAGUGCAGAGCAGGACUAUGAGGAGGUCAUCCAGCUGCUGGAGGCUGAGAUUAAAGACCUGAAAAACCAGCUAGCUAGCAAGAGGCAAGGACAGGGAGUUGAGGCAACCAAGAUGAGUCCCACACAGGAGGAGGUGUUGGAACUGAACAGGAGGCUGACAACCAUUGACUGCCAGCUAAAGAAGUCAGAAACGAUGAGGAAACACCUGGAGGUCUCCAACAGGAAACUGUUAGGCUUUGCUCAGAAUGUCCACAAAGUGUUGACCACACCCAGUCUGGGGAACACCAGGUCGUCUCCAGGCACUGACAGUCCUGACACCCCAUUACCAAUUCCUGAUCCAGCCCUCCAACUGGCUGUGGAGGCCAAAGAGCUGGUGGUAGGAGCAUGUACCCUCACUGCUGAUGCCAGAGUGAGUGCACCUGAGGCAGCAUCAGUCCAAGAUGACAGCCCUCACCAUGUAUGAGCAACAGAGAGCCUGAGAGUACCAGAGAAAGCUGAAGAUGCUGUAUGAACAGCUGAACCAAUGCACUCUGCGCUGCAGUCAACAUUCAGGACACCAUCUUAAUACUUCUUCUUUAAUUGAUAAUUUAUUUCAGUGAUUGAAAAUUACACAGUCAGUGUUUUAUGCCAAUGCUAUCUUGCACACAUCAUAUGGAUAUCUUCUCUCGUUACAUUUAGCAGUAUUUAUAGAGGAGGUUCAGCAGCGGGAACUUUUGAACUGAGUCAUGACCCAAGGACUCUCAACUUUUCAUGAUAAAAUAUGUAAAGAAGUCUUUAAAGAAACUCAUUCAUCUAUCCAUCCAUUAGCUGCUUGCAGGACUGUUAGGGAAAGGAAACAUUGGGGGAGAGGUAAGAUACAAACUUUACUGGUCAAGAAUUGCAACUAUCAAUACUCAAAUGGAAACCUAUGGGCAAUUUGGAAUCUAAUUAAAUGUAAAUGAGGACUUGUCUCAUGGAAAAGGAUGAUCAAGAGGUACUGUUCUAAGAGUCCUCCCUGGUCAAGGUAACACACUGCCAUCUCUCUCCAUUGGAUGUCCCUGAUCUUCUCCGGCUCUCCAGUUGUGAACUGUUGAAUAAAUGCUGGACAAAAGCAAGAGCCCUUUUGCCCAUUUUCUAAACUAUUUUUGUGCCCUUACUAUUAUUCAGAGUAGUUGGGCCUGAACAGUGUUUUUCCCUAAUGCUUCAUUUCACUGCAUGAUUCAUGUUGAUGUGUGACCUACAUCCAGGACUGGAUAAAACAUUGUGUUAUCUUGUGCUUUGUAGUCAAGAAUGAGCAAACAUCCGUCACAGACUACACCUGGAACAUACAUUUUAUUUAUAUCAGGAUCUGCAAAUACAUUUAGAAAAACUGACAUGCCCUGUAAUUCUGCAAUGUUGCAUCUUGAUGUGGCCUCAUAUCUUUGUUUCAUUUUGUAUUAAAGUAAUAACUGAUGAAUAAAUCUGAUGUUGUUUA